AUGUCGAGUGAUGAUAAAAAUAAAUCUAGUGAACCUAAGAGUGAGCCCAAGAACUAUGAUCCCAGGUGUGAACAAAAGUGUGAAGCCAAAUGCCAGCCCAGCUGUUUAAAAAAGCUGCUGCAACGGUGCUCUGAAAAGUGCCCACGGGAAAAAUGCCCAGCACCACAAAAGUGUCCACCAUGCCCCUCACCAUGUCCCCCACCGUGUCCUCCUCCAUGCCCAGCUCCCUUCCCCUCCAAGUCCUGUUCCAAGUCCUGUCCUCCUAAAUGUCCAUCUCCCUGCCCACCCCCAGAGUGA